ACAUGAUGGGGAAAGCGUGAGAGUUGGCAGCUCUGUUAUCAUAAUAAUUAAAAUCAGGCGUCCCGGCUCGGUGUCCCGGUCCCGGCUCGGUCAGCAUGUCUCUGCAGGCCUGGUACAUGGACUGCUCCCCGGAGGACCAGAGGAAGCCGCACCGGCUCAGUCCCGACCAGCCCGCCUCCCUGGAGCAGCUGCAGCAGCUCGGGGUGUUUCACUGGAAGCUGAAUGCUGACAUUUAUGAAACGGACCCGGAGCUGCAGCAGAUCCGCACAGACCGGGGUUACUCCUACAUGGACAUCAUCACCAUUCAGAAGGACACGCUCCCCAACUACGAAGAGAAGCUGAAGAUGUUCUACGAGGAACAUUUGCACCUGGAUGACGAGAUCCGCUACAUCCUGGACGGCCAGGCCUACUUUGACGUCAGGGACAAGGACGACCGCUGGAUCCGGAUCGCCAUGAGCAAAGGAGACCUGAUCACGCUGCCGGCAGGAAUCUACCACCGCUUCACCCUGGAUGAGACGAACUACACCAAAGCCAUGCGGCUGUUCGUGGGGGAACCGGUGUGGAAGGCUCACAACCGGCCGGCCGACGACUUCAACAUCCGUCAGAAGUACGUGACGUCUCUGCGGGAAUCCUGAGAGUCCUGACUGUCCACACGGAGACCAGACCCGCUGAUGAGGAGAGACCGAUCAUGAGCA